AUGACCUUUGAUGGUGCGUCGGCUGAAAGCAAUCAAUCAUCGCUGCUGCGGAGUGAAAAUGCAUCCCGGCAGGAGAGUAAUCUCUCGUCCUCUUCGAUCGCUUCCAGCAGCGUCGGUGGUCUAGGUACGAUCCAGCACAUCCAGCAGGGAACUGCACUGUUCGGUGGCAAACAACCGACGACAACGACGACGGCAUCAAUCGGCCAGCUCGAAUCAACGCAGCCCCGGCCGGCUUAUCUGCGCUAUCGUGCCAGCGAAUCUACAGCGGAUGAAUGCGAAAGGCGACAAAACCCAAAUCCGCAUCUUCUCGCGCGACAAGUGAAUUGGAAUUUUUACUCCGACUGCAAAGACGAUUAUCGGCGAUCCGUGCAGGAUAUCUGCAACGGGACAGCCGGCCCCGGACAUCCGUCAUUCCCGUUGCUACCGCAAACGGAGGAAGCCCUCAAGCUGCUGCAGGAAAUCGACGGGAACAUUGCUGCCGUUGGAGGAUUUGGUGAAAAUGGAUUCGGAAUCCUGCUGGACGACAACAACGGCAUUUUCGGUGACGGUUCGGGCAACCGGGACGACAAUAUGUCCUAUUAUUUGAGAAAUGGCGCACGAGCAUCGUUCUUUAACCAACCCAGCGGAGAAACGAGCCAAACCGCUGAACCCAAAUCCGAUUGUGAGCUGCGCGAGCCGGAGACUUUCGGAGCUGCUGCUGCUGCCUUUCCUUCUACCUCAUCAUCAUCGUCAUCGGCAGCCGACAGAAUGCUGAAGCGGCCCACGUUUGCCAGCAACGUGCCGCCCUCGUCGUUGAGUGGAUUCGGAAACAGCAAACCCGUGGCCGGCGGCUCGCUGGCUGGGUCCGCCGGUUCGGGUCUCUAUCAGGCGCAACCACCGAGAAUCAUCGGCAGCACCAGUGCCAACUUCGGUGCUAGCCCCACCGUAAUAAAUCACAAAAUAACGAUUGAACCGCCGACGAGUGCUACGGACAAUUUGCGAAUUUCCUUCAGACCUUCGCCGACUAGCAGUACGGCCACGACGACCCCCACAUCGACGGCUCCCGGAAGUGGCACUCAUCAGCCGGUGGAUAUUCAAAUGCCUCGGAGUCGGAAUGGGAAUAGUGUUAGUGGGGGUGUUCCGCUGGGGAAAAGUGGGGGUGUACCGUGCGGUAGUGCCACAAAUCAUAAUGUAAAUAAUAGCGGUAGCGCGCAACCUAGUGCAAGUGUUAAUAAUUUUCGCGGUGAGACCGCGGCAAGUGGAAAAGUGGCCGCACCUCGGUUCACUGCCGUCACACAGCAAACGUUGGGCAGUGUCUCGGGCGUCCAGCUAACCCUGUACGGAUGGCGGAAGAAAUGCCUUUAUACGGUGAUACUGGUGCUGAUGAUUAUGAUUAUCAUCAAUUUGGCGCUCACACUGUGGAUACUGAAGGUGAUGGAGUUUUCCUCGGAUGGAAUGGGCCAGCUGAAAAUUGUGUCCGGUGGAAUUCAACUUACCGGUCAGGCGUUGGUGUUGGACAUUCUGCGAGCUUCCUCGAUACGGUCUAAACAUGGGCAACCAAUUUCUAUCGAAUCUUCGCGAAACUUCAGCCUGAACACGCGGGACUCCGAAGGUUAUCUGGAAAACCAACUCUUCUUGGGUCACGACCGGCUGGAGGUGCUGGCGAACCAUUUUCGGGUGGCGGACACACACGGAACCACUCUGUUUGCCGUCGAUCGAGACGAAGUCAGCAUCGGGGCCACAUCGUUGCGGGUCGAGGGCGAAGGGGGUGUCAUUUUCAAAGACUCCAUCCAGACGCCUCUGGUUCGAGCCGAAGCCGGCAAGGAUUUGAAAUUGGAAUCCCCCACACGGUCACUGGAGGUGCGAGCCACGCAGGAAAUUUUCAUGCAAUCCCGAGCCGGUAGCAUCGAAGCCAACUGCCUGAAUGAUCUCAAACUUCACUCGGUUGCUGGAAGUAUCCGACUGGAUGCCAGCACCAUCCUACUACCGAAUUUGAAAACCGUUCAGCCUCCAACGUCUGCUGCCGGAUCGUCUGGAUCGAUGCGGGACCACAUUGGCGCGGGCGGAAGCAGCUCAUCAUCGUCGUCUUCUCCUGCUUCUUCCACAACGUAUUCUGGACACAGCAAAAUCUACCAGCUGUGCGUGUGUUCAAACGGUAUGCUAUUCCUCGCCCCCGCCCACAGCAUUUGCGCUACCGACGACAGUGCCAUCUGCAGGUAA